UCGAACACUUUUUUCCGUUCUGUCGAAUAGGUAAAUAAACAUCGAAGAUUUGUGCAUAGAUUCAAUAAAUUGAAGAAAUGUUAAAAGUUUCGCCGAGAAGCUCAGUCUAUAAAGUAUUUCAAACCACUUCAAUCAGAUAUGCGCAUAGAACUCACUACGCAGUGUUAAAACUGCAGCCCGAUUGUAGUUCCCGCGAUGUACGAGCUGCGUUUAUUCAACUUUCUAAGGAGCUUCACCCAGAUGCAAACGUUGGCAGCAGUAGAAAGUACGAUAAUAAAUCAUUUGUUGAGCUGCUGGAAGCUUAUAAAAUCCUGAGCAAACCCGAUUCUAGAGCUGCCUACGAUUACGAACUUUCAUUGGGCCGUGAUUUCAAAACGAACGAUCAUCCAAUUUUUCAUAGGCCUUGGGCUUCGGAGAAUAAGCAUUAUUCCAACGAAGAACAACCUUACUAUGGUAUAAAAGGAGUAAAAAAAGUUAGCAACUGGACGAUCGUGGUGUGUUGUGCAAUAUUCAUGCUGUUUGGAAUUGUUUUGCAGACUGUAGCAAUAAGUAAAUCUUUCACUUUUAAACGGAAUCAACUUGACGAAUUCUCAAGACAGAAUGCUAUUCAGCACGCAGAAGCACGGGAAGAAGCUGAAAAAUAUGGAAACAAAGCACAAAUUGAGCGUAUGAAGGCGAAAUUGAACAAGGAAGUUGUGUAGCAUUGUUGUUGUUUUAUUUUGUUGAUAUUUUUGUAAAUCAAUAGAAAAAUUGUAAAUAAGAGAAGUGUAAAAAGUCUUAAAGAAACGCUAAUCUACUAUUGUCACUUCAUCACUACUAAAAUACGCCUUUGAGAUAUAGGCGUGUUCGAGAGAAUGAUUCAGAAGAAAGCAUAUUUGGCCCCAUAUUUGGAAAGAAUCGAUGGGUGAGCCGGUAUAACGCGGAGCUAUACAUAUGGUACGACAAUCUUAAUGUCGCACAUGAAACAUGGCGAUCGAAUAAUGUACAUCAAAAUCAAGGAUAUUUGCAAGCCCAACUCGCUGGUUCGCCGUCGUUCGAAAAAAUAUCACCGACAUUUCCUAAAAUUAUUAUUAUGUAUUGAUAUUUAUUACUACUUAACUGUUAAUUUAGAUUCAUUUUACCUGUUUGGUGAAGGAAUUUUCAAUGACAUGCCAAGAAGGGUCGAAGGUUGAAGCACUUGAUAAGUACCCAAUUGACAAAAUGUAUGCAACCGGGUCUAUUAUUGUUUAAUAGCCCCGAAAUUGUUCUCGCGACGGUUAUUUGCCAGUGGGGUAAGUACUUGUUCAAAUCGAUCAAAGGUGAUCACUAUUAACAAAACAUGCAUAUCGUAAUCCAUUAUUAGAUCUGAUAGAAAUAUCAUAAUUGUUUCAAAAAUCGUAUGUAAACUAUAUGCGGCCGCUUUCCAUACAUUGUCCUUUCCUUUUUCCCUGUCAUUCUAAAACUAAUUACAUGUGAAAAGCAUGCUUGUUUAGAGCAUUCGUCGAUCCAACUAGAGUCAAGCAUGGUCAAGUUUAUGUUUUAUGCAGGUUUAGUAAAACGAACAAGAGAUUUGUUAUAUUUCGACACAUUAGACAGAUUGGAGUCCCACGGCUCCUGGAAAGCAAACAUCCCUGUAAAGCUACUAGGGGCUGAAAGUGAGGAAACGGGGGCCGGGAUACUGUGAUAAACAAAUAAACUCGUGGCCUUGUCCCGACUGAGUAGAAAAAAUACGUUAUUUGCAUGAAUAGAAAGCCCUAAUUGACAUUGUCCACUAACUCCAUAAACU